AUGUCAGCACAAGAAUACUACAACAGCGCCCCUAGCAGCGACAGUGACCCAUCGCAGCCUCGGUACCAUAGCCAGCAGCAAUAUAACAUGAAUGGAAACUAUCCACAGCAGGGUAGCGCUUCUCAGCAGCAGCUGAGCCAAACUCCGCCUUACCAGGGCUACGAUGCUAACAGCCAUCCACCUGCCAAUCCAAAUGGCCGCCCCCAAUACGACCAGAACAGGGGUCAAAACGUUCCAUUCACGCAGCAGUUCCCUCUCGGCACGGCUCUAGGUUCCGAGGAGGCCAAUGGCGAGCGAGGUCUCGGCGCUACCGUCGUUGGUGGUGGCAUCGGAGCUUUCGCGGCCAAGAAAUCUGGUGGUGGGUUGCUCGGCGCCAUUGGCGGAGCAGCGGCGGGUGCUAUCGGCGCGAAUAUGCUAGAACAUGCCUACAAUUAUCGCUUGGAGAGGCGGCCGUUUUCUCGUCUUGUCGACUCGUAUCUCACCUUAGGAUGA